AACAGCGAGGACCUUGGAUUUCACCUCACUCUUCCUCUUCAGUUCAUCCACACAACCACCUAGAUCCAAAGCCAAUCGUGAGCUCGUGACGAUCACCACCAACCAACCAACCAACCAACCAACAUGUCCGGCGACACAGCGCCGCACGUCGUGGAGGACUUCUUCGGGGCCAUCCAGCUCCUUAGCGACGGCACCGUCGUCCGCGGCGACGAGGCGGCGCUGCUGCCGCCGAAGCCCUUCCCGGACGUCCCGGGGGUUCAGUGGAAGGACGCCGUGUACGACGCGGCGCGCGGCCUCAAGGUCCGCGUGUACAGGCCAACGGCGGACGCCGGGGACAGCAAGCUCCCGGUGCUGGUGCACUUCCACGGAGGCGGCUACUGCGUCGGCUCCUACGACGAGCUCGGCGGGGCCGACUACCUGCGCCGACGCCUCGCGGCCGACCUCCCCGCGCUCGUCCUCUCCGUGCAGUACCGGCUCGCCCCCGAGCACCGCCUCCCGGCGGCGAUCGAGGACGGCGCGACGUUCCUGGCCUGGCUGCGCGGGCAAGCGGCGCUCGCCGGCGCGGGCGGCGCCGGCGCCGGCGUCGAGCAGUGGCUCGCGGAGUCGGCCGACUUCGCGCGGACGUUCCUGUCGGGCGUCUCCGCCGGCGCCAACCUGGCCCACCACCUCGCGGUCCGGGCCGGCUCGGGGCAGGUCGACCUGGCGCCGGCGCGCCUCGCGGGGCUCGUCCUCCUGUCCCUGUUCCUCGGCGGCGUCGAGCGCACGGCGACCGAGUCGGCCCCGCCGGACGGCGUCUCGCUGACGGUCGCCAUGUCCGACCAGCUCUGGCGCAUGGCGCUCCCGGUCGGGGCGAGCAUGGACCACCCGCUGGCCAACCCGUUCGGCCCCGGCAGCCCCGGCCUGGAGCCCGUGGCGCUGCCGCCCGUGCUCGUCGAGGCGCCCGGGGUCGACGUGCUCCGCGACCGCGUCCUGCUCUACGCGGCGAGGCUCAGGGAGAUGGGCAAGGACGUGGAGCUCGCCGAGUUCCCGGGGGAGCAGCACGGCUUCUCGGUCCUUAGGUGGGGCCAGGCGAACGAGGAGCUGAUGCAGAUCUUGAAGCGGUUUCUACACCGGAAGUGAGAAGUGACCGGUGCUGCGGCCUGACCUUAUGGUAGAGGAGUCGUCCUCGUCGAGUUUGGCGUCUGGUCGCCUUUUCGUUUGUGUUUUUCAUUCAUCAAGCCGCUGUCGUUGUUUACCCUAAGUUCCCGGUUGGUGGUCUGGUUGUUGGAAAAAAAAAUUAUUUGCAUCCGGAUGCAAAGAAACACUUUUGCAGGCUCUCAC